AUCACACCUUUGCAUCAAGAAUUUGGAACGGCCCAGUUCCACCACAAAGGUUAAUUUUCAAUUUCCAUAUCAGUAGCAAAUUCGUUAAAGUAAUUGAUCGAACCCCUUCUUGAACCAAGAAAUUGAAUUAAACUGUUUCCCCAACUACGAACCCCGAGCUACGAUGAUCAUUCAGUGAUCAGCAAUUUCUUCACUCCAAUUGCGAUGGGGGUUGGUGGGCACUUCUGGGAUUUGCUCAAACCCUACGCCCGAUUUGAAGGGUUCGAUUUCUUGAGAAACAAACGCGUUGCAGUGGACUUGUCGUACUGGAUUGUGCAGCAUGAGACCGCCAUUAAAGGGUAUACUAGAAACCCCCAUAUUCGCAUAACCUUUUUCAGAACAGUUAAUCUUUUCUCCAAGUUUGGAGCGUAUCCGGUCUUUGUACUCGAUGGGACUCCGUCCCCUCUAAAAUCUCAGGCAAGGAUAAUGCGAUUUUUCCGAUCAUCUGGUAUUGCCUUGUCGAGUCUGCCAGAGGUGGAGAAAGGUGUAUCUGUUGAAAGAAAUAGAGCCUUUAAGAAAUGUAUUGAAGAAUGCGUGGAAUUGCUCGAACUCCUUGGAAUGCCUAUUUUGAAAGCCAAAGGAGAAGCUGAAGCUCUCUGUGCUCAGUUAAAUAGAGAAGGACUCGUUGAUGCUUGUAUUACUGCUGACAGUGAUGCAUUUCUAUAUGGUGCGCAGUGUGUGGUCAAGCGAAUCCAGCCAAACUCAAAAGAGCCGUUUGAGUGCUACAAUAUAUCUGAUAUUGAGACAGGUCUUGGUCUAAGGAGAAAUCACUUGAUAGCUGUUUCUUUGAUGGUUGGAAGCGAUCAUGAUUUAAAUGGUAUAAUAGGAAUCGGGCUUGAAACUGCAGUUCGUUUUGUCAAAAUUUUCAGCGAAGAUGAUAUAUUGAACAGGCUGCAUGACGUAGCCAGAGGAGAACCACUGGUGAUCGAGGGACAUAAUAGUGCUGAAGAUGUAUCUGCAAGCUCCUGUAAUGAUAAAUCUUCGAAGCUGAGAGUACCUCACUGUUCUCACUGUGGCCAUCCAGGCAAUAAGAAAGCCCAUCUCAAGUUUUCUUGUGAACAUUGCGAUUCAACUGCUGGCCAGAGUUGCUGUCACAAACCAGUAGGAUUCAAAUGUUCAUGCACAUCAUGUGACUUGGACAGGGAAGAAAAAGCUAAGAAGAAAGAUGCAUCUUGGAAACUUACAGUUUGCCGAAAGAUUGCAUCGGAGGAAAAUUUCCCGAAUGAUGAAAUUAUACAGAUGUACCUGAGCAACCGUCAUGGAAUUGAUGAUAAGCCACAUUUACGAUGGGCAAGUCCCAACACGGAAAUGCUGGUUGAUUACCUUGCUUAUCGCCAACACUGGGAGCCAUCUUAUGUUAGGCAAAGAAUACUUCCAAUGUUAUCAACAUUAUAUUUGAGAGAUAUGGCCUCAAGUCCAACCAAUGACUUACUAUAUGGAUCGUACAAGUUUCAUAGCAUUCAGCGUGUUAAGAUAAGAUAUGGACAUCAAUCCUAUGUCGUUCAAUGGAAGAAAGCUGCUAUGAGUUUGAGUGAUGCUGCCUCCCCAAUUCCUCAAGAAUCAGAUUUGCAGUUGGCAGUAGACCUCGAUGAACCUUUUGAUCUGAGUGAAGAUACGGAUGCUCCUUACAUUCAUAUUGAAAAUGGAGGUUGUUUUUUGUCGACUGAUGAAGAUAUGGAACUUGUGCAAAAGGCUUUUCCAGAGGAAGCCAAUCAAUUUUUGAAGGAAAAGGAGUUGAAAGAGAUGAAAUCGCGAAAAAAGAAAUCAAAAUCGGGUUCUGAAGCAACACCGGAAAAAACAGAAUCAUCUACAUCUCGCGGAGUGCAGCUAAGUAUUAAAGAGUUUUAUCGUUCCUCUAAACUGCGUAACUCAAGCAAGCCUGAGGAGGAUUCCGAGAAGGGCUCUGGUUCGUCCAUAGACAAAAGGAAAGAUCCAAGCCCAAGAAUUUCCAAGUCCGCCAGGCGCCGCCUCCUAUUUGGAUGAUUCUGCAACCCUCUCGCAUCACUUGGCUUCUGUGAAUUAAAGUUUCAAUUUUCCCGUUUUCGCUUUCUUGAUAUUGAUACUCCUUUCAAGUGUAAAUAGCUCUUCAUGGUGGCAAUCUCUCUCUCUCUCUCUCUCCUUUGGAAGAAAUUUAAUUGAUGUAUCUAUGUCGUGAUGUGAUUUUAAUGCUACUGAAAGCAAUCAAAAUGGCGUGAAUAUUUGUGAUUAUUGUUCAUAUGCAAUGUAGUAAUUAGAUAAUUAAUGCAGAAUCCUUGUAUUUCA